AAAAAAAAGAUAUUGCAAGGUAGACUAUUUCUCAGUUUGAAAUAAAGUUCUUUGUACAUAAUUAUUCAGUUCCCUCCCCUAUCCACCCCUGCUAAGCCUGUGUUAUUACGUACCAGGAAUACCAUGAUAGAAGAGAGUAACCAGCUCAGUUAGCUCAUAGCAGCGGUGCAAUACAAUAAAUAGAUGAGCAGAGGCUUAAGCUUUAGAUCAGUGUACCAGAAAGCUGUUUAGCUUAUUCAUUAAAAUAAUAGACUUAUCUGCUAGUAUGAGUCAUAAUAAGAAAUGCAUUCUAUUCAUUGCUAGAAGGUAGUCAACAGAACAAUUAACUCAGACCACAGGUGAAAUACAAUAAAUUGGUAAAGUUCUAUUUAAAAAAUUAUUUUAUACCUCCCAACAUUUUGGAGAUAAAAAUAGGGACAAAAAGGUUUUUUUGACCACACCCAUGUUUGUGGCCACACCCCCUAAUUACCAUGUAAAUUUUACAAAAUUUGGCAAGUUAUGAAAGUUUGAACAUAUUUCUGUUUUUUAAAGUUAUUACAGUUUUGCUAAUGAAGGUGAAUUGCCCUUUAAGUUUUGAGUCUAACAUUUUUCCAAGGGACCUGUUCUCUUAUAUUGUUACAAUUACUUAUUUGCUUAUCUCAAAAUUGUUACAAAAGUAUCUUAUCUUCUGCUGUGGCUGUUCUGGACUCUCUGCCAAAAGCCAAUUAAGUUAGAAACUUUGUUUCUUUUUCUGCCUGUUCAGUGCUGUGAUAAACUUGACUUUCCAGUACAAAUAAAAGACUGCGGGUUGAGCUGUCAAAAGAGGGACUGUCCCUCUAAAAACAGGACAGUUGGGAGGUAUAGUUUUGGACGGACAAGCUUUGUAGCAUAUUAAAAGUACCUGUCUUUUGGCAUAGGUCAUCCGAAGAAAGCCUUUCUAUUUAUUUCAAUAACCAAAUCAAAUUUUAAUAAGCACUCAAGAUUAAGAUGAUUGGAAAGACACUAAACAAUCUUGCACAUGGAUACAGAAAUCUAGCAAUACAAUGUAUAGGAACUGUUAUUGAGAGGGCAAAAUUGAUUUGGCUGGCUAUAGGGGAAUAAAGUAGAACGUUAUGGGAGGGGAAAAUGGAAGUGCUGCUAUCAUUUACAUCACUGUCUGCCCCGGUGGAUUUCAUGUUCUUUAUUACAUUUAGACAAGGUUUGGAAAUCUUAUUAGGAGGCAGUUAUCCUCUCUGAAUGUUUUGGAGUGUGGAAAGAAACAGAAGCAUCUUAGUACCCACGCUAUACCAAUGCUACCGCAAGCCCCUAGUUUAUGUACAAAUUGAAUAUGUUUUUAAAAUGUCAUGUUCCUUAUGUUUUAGGGGCACUAAAAUAGUUUUAAAUGUGGACCCAAUGGUUUCUAUUCACACCACCGCAAGAAGUGCAUAAAUCUUUUGGAUUGAUGCCAUUUGACUGCCGCAAUUAAGGAUGUGUGGCUUAUCUCAUAGGCAGGUUGUGCUGUGGAGCGGGAUAUAAAAGGGUGAGUUCUGUAAUAUGGCUAGUCUGUGGAGACAGUCUGAAAUGGCUGUAAAAUAAAGAUUUGGGGGAAUACAUUUUUGCUGACCCCCCCCCCCCCAGCUCCCCUUAAUAGAUAUGUAGGUUAAACCUAAUUUCACUAUCCCCACACCACUGCCAUCCAAGAACAAUGUAAGAAAGAGACUGCAUAGUUCUCAGCAAAACACACGAUUAUCUCAGAACUGCAUGUAUGCAGCUGUCAUGUCUUAAAGGAAAACCAUUCCCCCAAACAAAUGUAUUGCAUAAAACAACUCAUAUGUAAAACCCUGCUUCAUAAACCAUUUUCAUAAUAAUCUACUUUUUUAAAAUAACGACUGCCCCUGGCAUUGUAGGAUUCAUGAUGUACAAACAAAACACGUUAGGUCACAUGAGCCAAUUAACAUUUAUUAGUCUGCCAUUUUAUAAAAAAAAAAACAUCUUGAGAGGUAACUGGAAUCUGUGAGUGAGGAGUUCUGGCAAGUGACUACUACAAGACAAAACACUGAAUCAGUUCAUGGAUAAAGCCCAACAGCGACAGUCCACAGAGUGUCCAAAAAAGGCAUCUUAUUCAUGAGUGGGAGAGUCAUAUGGAGCAUGGGGGCAGAGAGAGAAAGUCUUGCGGGACUGAGGAGAAGCAUCCAUGUCUAAUAUCUGGGGGGAAGCUCUACGUUUCAUUUAAAUAGCCAAACUGAGAAUGCUACAGACCCAGUUCUACAACCAGCAACAGAGAUAUCACCUGGGAUCAAAUGAUUUAUUGGGGAGAGCACUGAAGACGCCAAUCAUUUUCAGAAAAAACAUUUUUAUUUUUAGUGUAAUUGUUCCCACAAUGCGCCUGCCUUAUAUGCUUAAUAGACUUUGCUAUUUCAGAGACCCUCUCAAAAUGUGAUUUAGCUGUAAAUGUUCCCUUAUUAGAGCCACCCCAUACAAGUGACACAUAUUCCUUCCCACUGUGACACAGAACCCCCCCCCCCCCACAGCAGCCAUCUGAAACUGUCAUUUGUUCUUUAGUCAGAUAAGAGGAACCUUGUUCUCUGGACACAGCUGAAUGGGCUCUCUGUGAGGAGACAGAAAGAGAGGGGUGGAGGGAUCGAGCGAGAUUGGGAGGGGGGCUGCAAAAAGAAUGGGAGUUGGAGACGAGAAUGUGCGUGAGGAAAGGAAAUAGAACAAGUUGCUGAAAGGGAACUAAAGUGAACUAGGUGAGAAAAAGCACAAAGUCCAACUGGAGUCAAGGAGACAGAAAAAAUGAGGACCUAUGGGAGAAUAGAGGGUUAAUGAGUGAGGAAGAGCAAGCCAAGGCUUCAGGUUAAUAGUGACAAGAGGUGCAGGCGGGGCCAGGUAGAAGAUCGGGCUUGUCUGUGUCAGUAUUCAUAAUCAAUGACACCUUGUCUGUGACUGAAUAGAAAGAGAAUGGCUCAGUGAGGUCUCAAGUUAAGACAUUUAAUAGCAGAGACGAAGGCGGUUGCGAGAAGGAUCACUUGGGACAGAGAUGACUUGUGUGCAGUCCCAAGGGAAGUUAUGGCGCUCCAUAUGGAAAGGUUUGGCACUCGGGACUCUUCUCACCAGCUUCUUGAUCCUCCUGUAUUCCUAUGCUGCACCGCCCUUAAGCCUCAGCAGCACAGACAACCCUGUAGCAUUCCAGUGUUUUGCACCUUCACGUCCUGUUGACUCAAGACGACUCACAAAUUCUUCUUCUAAAGGGACAUCACAAUGCCAGCCACAGCACAACCUCUUUUUUCUGAAGACCCACAAGACUGGAAGUAGCACUAUCCUUAACAUUCUUUUUCGUUAUGGACAAAAAAAUAAACUUCGCUUUGCAUUUCCCCGUGGGCGGAACGACUUUGACUACCCUGACUAUUUUCAACACUGGCAGGUGGAGGGUUACCAGCCUGGUGCCUGCUUUAAUGUCAUCUGCAACCACAUGCGUUACCAGCAUUCAGAAGUAAGAUCACUUAUGCCACAAGAUGCUACUUUCGUUACUGUACUCCGAGAUCCUGCACUCCUCUUUGAAUCCUCUUUCCAAUAUUUUGCCCGAGUGAUUCCUCUGACAUGGAAGCUGCAAGGUUCUAAUAAUGUGCAAAAGAUGGAGGCAUUCCUCCAGAGCCCUCAAAGUUACUAUGAUUCAAGUGGCUUUAAUGCCCACUACCUGCAUAACCUACAGGCUUUUGACCUUGGCUAUGGAAAUGAUGUGGAAGACCUCAAUGUGAAGCAGGUGCUGGAUGAGUUGGAUAGACGUUUCCACUUGGUCAUGCUUCUAGAAUAUUUUGACGAAUCUUUACUGCUGUUGCGUGAAUUAAUGUGUUGGGAAAUAGAUGAUAUACUCUACUUUAAACUGAAUGCACGCAAAGACUCUGGUGCUUCCCGCCUGAGCCCUGAGAUGUACCAGCUGGCACAUAAAUGGAAUGCAGUUGACACACUGAUUUAUCAGCACUUCAAUUCAACAUUCUGGAAAAGAGUUGAAGAAUAUGGCAGCAAAAGGAUGCGCCAAGAUGUGCUUGAGCUAAGGAGAAGGAAUGAAGAACUAAAGAGCGAGUGUAUUGCAGGAGGAGGGCCUGUUGAUUCCAGCAAAAUUCUAGAGUCUGGACUGCAACCUUGGCAGCCAAUUGGGGAGAAAACUAUCCAGGGAUAUAACUUAAAAAGAAAAAUUUCACCAAAGCACAAGCAGUUGUGCAGGAAUAUGCUGACUCCUGAAAUACAGUACAUGAGCCAGCUUGGUGCAGAUUUGUGGGUCACAAAACUUUGGGGAAACAUCAGGUCGCUGAUCAAAUGGUGAUUGUGUACUUUAGUUAGCCCGGUUUAUAAGUAGUCACCAUGAGACAGUGAGUCUGAAGCGUUUCCAGAGCAAAACAGUAUUUUUUUGGCAAGUGUAGGGGUUAAUUAAGAAUUUUGCAACAUUAGUCAGUAUCUGUAGUCAGUAAGUCCAAAUUUACCUGAAACCAAAUCCAACAGAAUUCAGUGAAAACUUAUCAAGCGUUCACACUAAUGCAAUGCUUUUUCUGUUCCAAGAACAGAGAAAACUAAGAGAUAGUCCAGCCAUUUCACUUUCAGUGGUAUAGUGUGGGAAUUAAUCAUGUUAAACCUGUAAAGGACUGCAAACUAGACUGCUGAAUGAACUAUGCUACACCCCUCCAAAUGAGUUUCAGUGUUAUUAAAUUACAGUGCUUACAGUACAUGAACUAUGCUAUGUGCAUUUCCUCUCUAUCAAACAAAUACUGCAUGGAAGCAGGAGAUCUUCAUAAACUGAGGGGCAUGGGAUCUUUAUCAACAUAUUAGUUCUAGCUGGAUCAGUUUUGCCUUCCAUGCUCUCAGUCUGGACUUGUUGCCUCGUGAUAACAAUAAUUAAGAAAAAAAACAUCAUUAUAUUCAGGAAAAUUCUAAUCAGAGUAAAAUAAAUCCUGGCUCAUUCUCCAACAAACAUAGAACCAUAUAAUGUAAUCAUAAACUGCAACUUUCCCAUAGAUCACUUGCCUCACAGUAAUAUAUUGAUUGACAUUCUAGUCAACAUAUUUGUCCUUGGGACAAGUCCAGAGCCAUUUCUUUUCAUUGCACUAAAAUGGGCAUAUAUAUAUAUAUAUAUAUAUAUAUAUAUAUAUAUAUAUAUAUAUAUAUAUAUAUACCUGUAUAUGUAUAUAUAUAUAUAUAUAUAAAUAUAUAUAAAUAUGUAUAAAUGUACAUGUUAUAUAUUAUAUAAGUAGUAAUGCACUGUACAUUAGGCAAUGCAACAUACAAAAUGAGGGUACGAAUACACUGGAUCUGUUAUGGUUCUCGAUGUGACGAGUCUGCCUCUCUGUGAAAUGUGUACAGAUCUUUUAUGCAGCAUAUAGUACUCGCCCAAAUCCUUGGCUAGUGGUGCUAACUGGACUAAAGAAUGUGCAUUACUUGUGCAUAAAACAGUACUGUAAUAGGAAAUCUCAGACAUUCUUACAUAAUAGUAAAAUGCCAAUUAGAGCUGCACAGAAUACAGCCUGGUAUAUAAAUGGAAGACCCUGGUGCAACAUUUGGGUCUGGGACCAGGCCCGAAUUUGUGGAAAGGCCACCAAGACCUGGGCCUAGGGUGGCAGGAUUUUAGGGGGCUGCAUGCUGCCUAACCUUACCCAUAUUGGUUAAGAAACACUGGGGAUGCGCAGGAGAUACAAUUUCCUGUGUGCAAAUCUGCAUUGAUAAGGUCCCAAUGAUGAAAAUGUACACGAAUAAAGGGAAGGGGACGGGUGCGAUGAACAGCAGUGGGCCUAGGGGCACCUGCUAUGUAAAUCCAGCCCUGUCUGGGACCCCAUCUUGUGCAGGGCAGUAUUUAAGGGGGUAAUGAUAGCUUGGGCUAUGGAAAAUUAUGUUUAGUACCGUAUACUCGAGUAUAAGCCGAGUUUUUCAGCACCCAAUAUGUGCUGAAAAAGUCUACCUCGGCUUAUACUCGAGUUAAACGCGAAUGGCUGCGCUUCAGGACAUCUUCAGCAGAACAACCGCUCCUGCGUGCGCUCUGCUAUGGAAGAAUUUGCCUCUUACUCAUGCUGCCGUGCUCCUCUUCCUGGUCUUCCUGUCCGAACUUCCGGUUGUGACGUCACUUCCGGAAGUGAUGACACAUAACAACCGAUCGUUACUGGGACACAGCUUCAUAUUCUUCAGUUGCUACUUGCGCUUCUUUGAACAGGCAUGGAAAGGAGUCCGGACUGUGCAGAACAUUGGGAUCCUGAGGCUAACUCUGUUCAGACCCUGCACGGUGUAAUGAAACCCCCACAUCCCCCAAACAGGGCUGAGGAGGGAGGACCAAGUCAUGAGGGGGGAGAUUACAACAGCAAGUGUGGACAGCACAGAGGUGUGACUGCAGCCUCUUCAGAUCAGUGAGUAGGAGCGUGUGUUCUGCUGAAGAUGUCCUAAAAUGCAUUUCUCACCCUAGGCUUAUACUCGAGUCAAUAUGUUUCCCCAGUAUUUGGAGGUAAAAUUAGGUACCUCGGCUUAAACUCGGGUCGGCUUAUACUCAAGUAUAGGUAUUUUCUGACCUUAGUGAGAAGUUAGUUUCUGAACUGUGAAGUAUAAAAGAAGAAUCUAAACACUUACUUGUAACUGCAAAGGUGUAUGUUUAUUCAACCAACUUUUAAAACAGCAAGCAAUUUUGUUCAGGUUCUACACCUCCCAUAUGUAUUUUUGGUACCCGUAUAAAGGCAUCCUAAUCAUUAAGAACUUCUUGAUCGUACAAACUAUAUCUACUCUUAACCCUCAUACACUACAAGAGAGAUACUCCCAACAAUUGUAGAAUAUAAUAUUUUCUUGUCCCUUUGUAGUUAUAGCCUUGAUCUCUAUUUCCACAGUAGAGACCUUCUGGCAACAUGCAUAUGAAGUCCUUUUUCUGUUAGUAAUUCUUAAGUAUGUCUUAAUAUAGUAAAUACACUCAUGCUCCAAGCUGAUAAUGACAGGAAAAAGUAGAACUAAAUUUAUAUAAAACCAAGGUUUCUAAACUCUUUGCAUGUUUUGGCUUCAUUUUAAUAAGUGACUUAAAGGAACAGUAUAUCCCUUUUAAACAUAAGUGCAAUGAAUACUUUUUACCUAUUGUAUUGAUUUCAAAAAUAUGCCUUUUUUUGUUUUAAUCAUGGUAUUCGGUAUCUUUGAGCUAAACAGGGCAAACAGUGAAACUAACAGCUCCUGGUACUUUUAAGAGCAAAAUUUUCUGGUUGUUUAGCCCAAGCUCUAUUCAUUGAACUCAUGUAAAAAAAAAAAAGGUAUACUGCCCCUUUAAAGAAAUGUAUUUUCUAAAAAAUACACUUGUAUUGUGAAAUAUUGCCAUGUUCUUGUGAUAUGCAGGUUUAUUGGAUCUGAAACUGGUUUAAACUUCCUUGUGUGCCCUCAGUUAUCUUUCCUUAUUGAGCUGUACUGUCUCUUCUUUCAUACUAGUAAAUGAACCCCUCUGAACUCA